GUCAUUUGACACGAAGGACCCAAACAAACUGCCGUCGACUGCUGUCUGCUGCUGAACAGCUAACAUUACAGGCUAUGCUACAGCAGAGCACAGGCUGGUAACGUUACAUUGGAGGAGGCUCAUACAGGAGCGAAAACAGCUGAGUCUUUGGCAGCACUGGAGUAUUCUCGGGGAUGCCGAAGAAGUUCCAGGGUGAGAACUCCAAGUCUGCCACUGCGCGGGCCCGAAAAGCAGAGGCCAAGGCUGUCGCAGACGCGCGCAAGCAGAAGGAACUUGAGGAUGCGCUAUGGGAAGAUAAUGACAAACAUGUGAUGAGGAAAGAACAGCGUAAGGAGGACAAGGAGAAGAAACGCCUGGAGGCUCUGGAGAGGAAGAAGGAGAACCAGAGGCUCCUGGACGAGGAGGAUGCCAGGGUGAAGGGCAAGGCCAGGGAGGCGGCGGCGGCGGCAGCGGCCGCCGCACAAGGAUCCAAGGUGACCCGAGCUCAGAUCGAGGAGACGCUGCGUAAGGAGCAAGAGCCGAAGCCAGCAGAGGUCAAGGAGAAAGAGAAGAGUCACCUUGAGACGCCCUUGGAGGAGAAUAUAAACCGGAUCAUCCCGGAAGAGGGGUCCGUCGAGGCCAGAACCAUCGAGGAUGCUAUCGCAGUGCUCAGCACGAAGGAGGAGACGGACCGGCAUCCUGAGCGGAGGAUGAAGGCGGCGUUCACUGCCUAUGAAGAGGUCAACAUGCCACGCUUGAAGAAAGAGAAUCCCAACAUGCGUCUGUCGCAGCUCAAACAGCUGCUAAAGAAAGAGUGGACCAAGUCCCCCGAGAACCCUCUGAACCAGCGCUUCACUUCUUACAACACCAAGUGAACAGCCAACCGAUCGGCCAACCAAUCAGGAAACAGUGGCAACAAGGAUGACUUAACAAGAACUGUUUAACUAUGCACACAACACCCCAAACUGAAAUCAUCCCUAUUGACUGUAUUAUUAAAUUCCCAUAGAUUUCUAAUAGAGGCUGCAUGUUCACUGACGGUUCAUCUCAAUACAAGUAAACUGAUCACACGCAUCUCUGCCGCAUCUACCCAAUAGUAAUCAGGUUCGCAAGUGCCAUUUAAACACACACUAUCUCUCUGUCUAUCCCUCUCUCUCUUUCUCUCCCAGCACUGGCAUAUAUAUUAUAUAUGUAUAUUUAUAUAUAAUAGAUGCAAAACUUACUUAUUAUUUGACUAACUGAGGUUCUAUUGCAGUCCAAUGGCGCUACAGAGAAACGUGACUGAGAGAGAAAGAGCGUCAAGUAUAGCUGAAGAAGUUCGUACAUUCUUCUGUAACACACACACACACACAGUCGAUUCAAUAUCCCUUGGAUCUCUCCACCAAACCAUUUGGCCUAUUGAGAAAACACUGGCCAUUUGGCCAUAUUCGACCAUAUUGAGAUAACACUGACUGGAUCAUCACUCCUCUCCAUAUCACUUGUCCUGCUUCACACAAGGCCACGGAUGUGCUGCUGCCUAACAACCUCGACCUUGGAAGACGCCCAUCAUGGUUAUCAAAACAAACAAACAAACAAACAAAAAAACACAAACACACUGAAAGUGAUAGGAAGUUUUUUUUUUUCUUUCUGCAGGCCCAUUUACACAAUGGUGUGGGACUCCCCACUAUACCCAUAACAUCCUCUCUGCAGUGUUUGCCAGUCAUGGGGGACUUGUAAAUAUUGCAAAGGUUUGUAUAACACUUGGGUUGCAUUUGUCCACUUGGGACACACGAAAAGAAAGGAAGGGGGUGGGGGGGUGGGAAGACACGAAAGGAAAUUGAUGACCUUUUUCCAUCUCGUUGGGCUGAUAUGGGAGAGAGUUUCCAUUGAGCGAGCUUUACAAGCCUGCGGUCGGCAGGUCUGCCAUAUGCUGGCGUUAGUCGUGCGCACCACCUGGCGAGAUCCAUUUGUCGGGGCAUCUGGAGAGCGGCGCUACUGCCAACACUCUGCACAAGGCUCCCCUUCAUCCGCCAUGUGCAUCACUCGCUUUAGCUGCUCCGCUCCUGCCUCAGCCAAUCCGCAGAAACGUAAAAAACAGACAGGCCAACAGAAAUGUAAAAAAAAAAAUAACGCAACUGAGAAGAUAAUGAAAUUUGUGAUAAAGGUAAAACCCAUGCGCUUAUGUACAGGAUUUUUUUUUUUUUUUAAUAGUAGAUUUUAUUCGCUAAUUGAUUUUUGGCGUGUUUGGCUCUUAACAUGGCGUGAUAGAAGCUAACUGACCUCAACUUGGCACUUGUAUCAGAUGAGCUUUAAGGACGUGGAGAUGGGUGGAAAGGAGAAGAGAAGGAGGUGGUGGAUAAAGCGCAUCCCACCUUGUCACUCCAACCCCCCCCCCCCCCCCCCCCACUACUCAGCCACCACUCACAGUCAUCUUCCUUUUUUUAAUUAAGCGGCCAAAUCAAUAAUGUCCUUCAGUUGGGGCUCAAAUGGAUGGCGUCCCCUUUGAGGAAUGGAUAGCCUGUGGAUAGAGAUCAAUGCUAUCGUGACGGGACCCCUCCUUCCUCCCCACCUGCUCACCGUUGUGGAACUGCACCACUACUUUCCCAGUUCCAAACCUCAUCCACAAAACAGGAAAACAAGGGCAUUUCACCAUCUCGUGUCCCACCCCCUAAAUCCACAAAAUAUAUACAGAAUAUAUACAUAUUUCUUUCUGUCUUCCUUGCUGGGACUUGUGUUGGUGAUGCAAGCCUUUUUUUUUCUUUUUCAUGGAAGGAGCUUGGAGGAUUUGCAUAUGGUCCUGGCAUGUAAAAUGUCUCAUUCUUACCCCCUGAUUGCUGCCAGAGUGUCCAUGAGUCGGAGAUGCCUUCACACUGGCUGAAGCACAUCCAUAAAGCAGGAACAAGGAAUAUUCAGUGUGAUGUUACAAGUUCAGGAAUGCCUUAAUUUAUUUACUCUACAGCGAUUUAAUCCAUGGACCCACACAAAACAUGUUGGUGGAGUACUGUACAACACUCAUUGAGUUUGGUGAUUUCUAGUUAACAAAUUCUGCAUCCGUAACAAAGCUGACUUGGACGCUUUAAAUGACAAAUGUGAAGAGUGGAAUACCUGCUCCCCUAUGUUGACUGCAUCUCAUGGAAGCACCAAUAAAGUUGAUAAAGGUA